AAGUACAUGGUAAAAAGUUGUGGCAAAGAUGGCUUCCAUAUCCGGGUGCGGCUCCACCCCUUCCACGUCAUCCGCAUCAACAAGAUGUUGUCCUGUGCUGGGGCUGACAGGCUCCAAACAGGCAUGCGAGGUGCCUUUGGAAAGCCCCAGGGCACUGUGGCCAGGGUUCACAUUGGCCAAGUUAUCAUGUCCAUCCGCACCAAGCUGCAGAACAAGGAGCAUGUGAUUGAGGCCCUGCGCAGGGCCAAGUUCAAGUUUCCUGGCCGCCAGAAGAUCCACAUCUCAAAGAAGUGGGGCUUCACCAAGUUCAAUGCUGAUGAAUUUGAAGACAUGGUGGCUGAAAAGCGGCUCAUCCCAGAUGGCUGUGGGGUCAAGUACAUCCCCAGUCGUGGCCCUCUGGACAAGUGGCGGGCCCUGCACUCAUGA